AUGAAUUUAAAUGAAUUCAAAUAUAACUUUUGGUUAAAAAGUAGAAAGAAAUCUACCUACCCUAAGUCAUUAAAUAGCAGUUGUCACAUUAACAAGCAAGGAAAUAUAUUAUUACUACAUUGCUCUGGGCCAUAAAAGUUAGUUCAGAUAGUGAUUAAUUCGUAGAGUUUUCAAAUUGAGUAGAAGAUAACAUUGAAUACAGAUGAUUGCACAAAUUUAGAUACAACAUUCCUGCAUAAAUAAUCAUUUUAUGUGAAUAAUAGAGUUUACUUUAUUCAAAACUCCAUUCCUAAAGAAUUGAAUCAUAUAUAUUGUGCUGACUUUGACUUAAAAAAGCUUUUUCCAAUUAAAAAUAUAGACACAAAACCAUCAACUUUUAGAAUCAAUUAUUCAGCAACAUUGUUCUAAUUUAAGAUUUAUAUGUUUGGUGGACUUAACGAAAAUAAUCAGCCAACAAACGCAUUUGAUACAUUCGACAUUAGCACAUAUAAAUGGGAAAAAGUUUUAACAUAAGGGAAAGUUCCAGCUCCACGUCAUUCUCACUGUGCUGAAAUAGUGUCUGAACAUUUAGUUAUUAUAGGUGGUACUAAAUCCAACGAUCUAUUCGAUAGAGAAUGCUUUCAUUCAGAGUUACAUAUCCUUGAUUUAAAUACUCUUAUAUGGACAUAGAUACCACAAGAUGGGGCAAUUCCAAAGUAUAUGUCUUAUGGGUAUAGCUUCAAGAUAGAUGAAAAUAGUAUAAUUUUUUUAUGGAAUGACAGAGCAAAUGAUAAUUAUGUUAUUGAGAGUAGUGUGUUAGAUUUUUAGACAAAGAAGUGGAAUAGUCUUCCAAUACUAUCUCAAAAACCAGAGCAUAGAUACUCAGCAGCUACUUGCUACAAUGAAUUAACAAAGUAAAUAAUUAUUUUUGGAGGGUUUUCCUUCACUCAAAACGAAAUGAAUUGUAUAUCGAAUGAUCUCGAUUAGCUGAGUCUUUUCAAAGAAGAAGACGAAGAACUUUUUUCCCAAUUAGAACUCUAUGGAGGAACAAAAUAUCUAGAUUAGUUGGAAUAAGCUCCCCCACAGUUACCUGAAAAAAUAAAAGAUAGAUUUUUGGAUGAAGACAUUGAGGAUAUAUCAUUUGAAAAACUGUUAGAAAUAGAAAAAAAGGCUGAAGAAGAAGAAAAACUAAAGCUUAACACUUCGAGCAGCAGCAGUAUAACUGAAAAUGAAUCACAAAGAGAAAAUUCUAAGCCUAAAAGUAAACCCAAGCCCUAAACAUAAGCAGCUAAAAAGAAAAAGAAACCUAGCAAGAAAUGA